UUGUUAACGUCUGUGUACAUCAAACCGUAAGACAAUGGAUAACGGUAUGAGUUAGUCAGUUAGAUUGUUUUUUAUUAAAAAUAAAACCUAUUUAAAUAUGUUUCUCUAUUUAUUAAGUAUUUUAUCAUUAUGUGUGCAAGCUGUUUUUGUGACUCUAGCCAUAGCUGCCGGUUUAUACUAUUUGGCAGAGUUAGUUGAAGAAUACAGUGUAAUGGCAAAGUAUGUUAUAUCAUGGACUGUAGUGGCCACGGCAGUCAUACAUCUUGGUUUAAUAAUCUUUGAGGAUAUACCACUACAAUUAAAUAGUCUGGGACUAUUUCAGCAAUUUUUACAUGCAUUGUUGUUGAGAGAUUUCCCUGUGUUUCGGCUAACAAGUGUCACCUUUGUGUCAUCUGUGCUCAAUUUGAUAUUGCACCAUUACUUAGCAUUUAAGUUCUUCGGUACAACAUAUUAUGGCUUUUCGGAGGUGCUAGCAUACUUCACAUUAUGUCUAUGGGUAGUACCAUUCGCAUUAUUCGUGUCAUUAUCAGCCAAUGAUUACGUCCUACCGACAACGGGGGAAAGACAACAUCUGCUUGGUGAAAACAACGUGGUCACAGAUUAUCUAUCCCAAAAAGCGAAGAGAUAUAGUCUGUUGUCUUUCUUCAGUUUUGCCAAAGAUUCAAUAUUGCCACAACGAAAUAAAAAAUCCUUUUGAAUUA